AUGUCUUCCAAACCUGCGACCGUACAGCUUCGAGUUCAGACCAUUCUCACUACAUCAGACCAAUGGAUCACGUGGUUAUCAAACAUUCAGGCAAUCGCCAAUUUGUCUGAUGUCUGGAAAUAUAUUGAUCCGGAAGUUGUUUGUCCCCCUCAAUUAGGACCAAAGCCACAACUUCUUUCUGUCCGUGAUGUCUACCCGAACUACGACAAACCUUCAGACCAACGACUUGGGACGAAAAGCGCCAGUGAUCAGACGAAACCCUUUCUGUCUGAAGAUGCAUACCUUGCGGCGAAUCCCGAACAAGCUAGAACCUUCUUUGGUCUGGAAGGUCGAAGCAAACGUACUAUCGAUGAUUGGAAAGAGACCAAACUUGCCCUCGACAAUAUUUUCAUCACAAUUCUGAACACCGUUUCGUCUGAUAUUCGGAAGCUUUUUGGAUCAGAGUCAAACAGUCAUGUGAUUAUGAGAUCACUUUAUGAGCGCUUUAAUCCUGACUCUAUCCUCCGAAGUCAGCGGAUGGCUGAUAAAUGGAUUAGCCUUCGUACCAUCCCAAAAUCGAACAUCAUGAAAUGGCUGGACCAAUGGGAAUCGACCUAUGUUGAGGCGAAAACCCUACAAAUUGUUGAGAUGGGAACUGAAAAGAAAGUGAAGAUGAUUUAUCCCAAGCAUCGGACGAAAAAGGAGAAGAAAAAAGGGACCAAACAGAAGUUUUCUGGUUCCUGCCCAUGUGGAGAAGGCAAACAUUCAUUUGUUAAUUGUCCCGUCCUAAACCCUGCCAAGAGACCAGAUGGAUGGAAACUAUCAGAUGAAACUAAGACUAAGUUUGACACAGCGAUGGAGAAGAGCUCAACCCUAAGAGCUGCGAUGAAAAGAGCCAAAGAACGAAUUUCUUCGGACCAAAAGUCAGCUGACCCUGUUGGAUCAGCUGAAACAUCAGACGAAAAGGGACAUAUGGUUGGGAUGACUCUUUCAUCUAAAAAGUCACCACUUGAUGAGAUGAAAACCCUUGCAGCGAGUCUGCCAAUUUCGAACGCCACGAGUCAUGUGAUCAGACCAAAUGAGGUCUGGGCGUACGAUACUGGAUCAACAUUGCAUAUCUGCAAUAAUAUUGAUCUUUUCUCCGAUAUUCAGCCUUAUGCAGCUGAUGUUUGCGUUAGAGAUACGACGACACCGAUAGUUGGGAUCGGAACUGUUUUGGUCCGACCUACUGAAUCUUUGGAUGGAAAGCCACUAACCCUUCUGAAAGUGGGUUAUUCCCCUGGUUUUCAUCUGAACCUGAUAUCUGCAUCGAUUGCAGAACGUUCGAAAUUGUUCCUGAAUGGACGAAAGCGAACCCUUGAGACAUCAGAUGGAACGCAAGUUUGCCGUUUGAACCGAAGAUCCGGUGUCUACCUGAUAAAAUGGGAUGGAACAGCUGAUGGUCUACCAUCUGAUCUUUCUGCCAGCACACGAGUUGCUGCCAAACAGCUAACAUACCCUAUCUCCUCUGAAAAGUCCUUUUAUCCGAUGGAAGGCAAGAUAGACCCCAUUGGUCUUAAAACUUUACCUCAAAGAUCGGAGGGUGCAACGAACCAUGCCCUUUCAUCUUAUUCUCGACCUGAAAAACCUGCGUCACGAGAUGUUUGGCACCAAAGACUUGGCCACAUCGGACGAGAGACCCUCGACAAGCUUAUCGGAUCAACCACUGGAGUACGGAUCGAUCAGAACUCGACAUCAGACGAAACAUGUGAGACAUGUAAAUUAUCUGAUUCUUACCGACAAUUGUCAUGUGUUCCGAUUGAACGCCAUGGCUAUCCAUUCGAAGCUAUACACUGGGACUUAGUGUUUGUCAAACAAGGAAUUGAUGGGAUGAAAUAUUUGUCACACUGUGUUUGCCCUGUAACUUGGUAUCCCCUGUUCAGCUGA